AUGCCCAAAAACAGUCAAUUCAUCGUCCAUCCUUCGGGCGAGACAACACACUACAUCGCCGACGACUUCACCGAUCCCUGGAAUCCAGAUCGCCAAACGAUCCUGCUUCAAGGCGGCUUUGCUCGCCAUGCAGCGUUCUUCUACCACUGGGUUCCUGCUCUCUCACGGCAUUACAACGUGAUCCGUCGAGACUUGCGCGGACACGGGUACUCGAGUGCUCCGUCCAUCUCGAAGAGACCGGACGCGUACACCCUCGACGCGAUUCUCGGUGAUAUUAUCGACACGCUCGACCAGCUCGGGAUUGAAAAGGUUCAUUUCUUCGGCGAGAGUACGAGCGGCAUGUUAGGGGAGAUUCUCGCGGCCAGGCAUCCAGAGCGGCUGUAUAGUCUGACGAUCUGCUCUUCUCCCGCUUACCUCCCUGGGCCUACCCAGGACUUUCUUGCGUUCGGGGAAGAAAGCUUCCCCAUCGCGUGUCGGAAACUAGGUUCUCGAGAGUGGGCGACCAGACUGAAAUCUCGGCCGGGCACCAUGGCCCAUCCUGAUCCGGGAUAUCAUCGUUGGUGGCUCGAACAGAUUUCUCUGAACUCCGGCGAAGGACUGGCCAGUUAUGCGGAGUUCCUCAGCAAGCUUGAUGCGCGACCGUUUCUCUCUCAGAUCCAGGUCCCUGUCCUCAUUCUGGCGCCUGCAAACAGUGCCGCGACGAGAUUGGAUGAGCAGAAAGCAAUCCAGCAGCAGAUCCAAGGUAGCAAGUUAGUCGUCAUUGAAGGGGCGGGACACGAGAUAUAUGUGGACAAAGCUGACGAGUGCAUUGGGGAAUUUCUGGGAUUUAUCCGGAAACUCAGAGGAUAGCACAGCCCUUUGCCCUGGAAUACAAUAUGUAUGUAAAUGGUG